AUGGGCUUCACCGACCUCCUCACUGACGCCGGUCUUACCGUGCUCAACAACUGGCUCCUGACCCGCUCGUACAUUGCCGGGUACUCCGCCUCGCAGGCCGAUGCCGUCACCUUCAAGGCCUUGAGCGCCGCCCCCGACGCCGCCAAGUACCCCAACGCGGCGCGCUGGUACAAGCACAUCGCCUCGUACGAGGACGAGUUCCCGACCCUACCCGGCGAUGCGAGCAAGCCGUACACCGUCUACGGCCCUGAGGUCGCCGAGGUUACCCUGAACCCCGCCAAGGCCCCCGCCGCCGAGGAGGAGGAGGACGACGAUGUCGACCUCUUUGGCAGUGAUGAGGAGGAGGAUGCCGAGGCCGCUCGCGUCCGUGAGGAGCGCCUGGCUGAGUACCGGAAGAAGAAGGAGGCCAAGGGGCCUAAGCCGGCUGCCAAGUCCAUCGUCACCCUGGAUGUCAAGCCCUGGGAUGAUGAGACCGACAUGGUUGGCCUCGAGGCCGCCGUCCGCGGUAUCGAGCAGGACGGGUUGGUCUGGGGUGCGUCUACGCUGAUCCCCGUUGGUUUCGGCAUCAAGAAGCUGCAGAUCAACCUUGUUGUUGAGGACGAGAAGGUUUCGAUCGACGAGCUCAGCGAGCAGAUCACUGAGUUCGAGGAGUUCGUCCAGUCCGUCGACGUUGCCGCCAUGCAGAAGCUCUAA